AAGAUUGCAAGAACAUGCAAUAAUUCCAAGGAGUACGAGAACGAAUCGAUAAAAUAACUUUUCACAACAUUAAAGGAAAGAUUUGAUGACAUCCAAGAUAAUCAGAAACCGAAUUUCUCAGGCAGCGUUAUACAUCCUGUUGGGCGUUGCCUUUGUCGCGUCAUUGCCGUCGACCAUCGAAGCUGCCAAUGGUGUGCGUGGGCAACCAUUGCGUCGACUUUCAGAAAGCAGAGUUAGGGGUGCAAGACAGCAUCUAGGUACUAUUAAAAAGGGCACCGAAGGAUCGGGUGACAAACAAACCAGUAAACAGAAAGCAGGAAGAAACACUCCUUUGCUCAAAAAUGUUCAACGACCAGUCGCAAAAGCAUUUGACAAAUUGAAUAUAAAAGGCGCCCUUCAGAAACCAGCAAAACCUGAGAAACAGUUACCAGAACCUGAGGUAACUAAGAUUAACGUGAAGAAGGGGAGUGGAAGUUCGAGAAGACCCUCAAAGAAUCCUGAUGAUCUGGUAGCAACUACCGAAAUCGUUGAGAAUGGCACGGAACACUUUACAGAAGGUGAGACAUUUCAACGAAGGCGCUAGAAAAAGAAGAUGAAUCGAAAUUCUAACGUGUCGAUUUUAUUUGCUCUUUCUCUUUCCAGUGAAGGUCGAAGUGUACCAAAGAGAACUCCCACCGCUUUCGAUUAAAUUUGAAAUAGAUCAUUCUUCAACGAGCGGAUCUCCCACGAUGGGGGACUAUAAUGAAUUAUCUGAUGUUGCCGAGGAGUACUUGGAUGAUUUUCUUACUAGUGUUUUUGAAGAUGUGCCUGUCAGACACGACGGCACUAAAUUAUUCAUCACUGUCAGCGACGAAGAUCAAUAUACUGUCGAGUUCAAGCUCGUACUAGACUUUUUGAUCCCAGGAGAGGUUCCAACGAUUAAGUACGUUUUGUUUCUCGUUUUGUUAAAGGAUGUGCUUAUCAGAAUACGGGUAUAAAAUCUUUACUCACAAGCAAUGUUUCAAUACGUGUGCUCCCUUGGUUUGGAUUACACUAUUAUCAAUUUCGCGACAGUUUCUUGAUUGAUCAACUACGUGAAGGACUCGAAACCGAAACUUCUCAACUGUUCUUCAUCUCGAAAUUAGAAACCAUGAGCGAAACGAAUCCUUUCAGUGGGACAGAAAAAUAUAAUGUUGUCAGUCGUCCCCCAAUGUCUGCUGCCGAAAUUGCUGGAGAAGGAAGGAAACCACAAGUCAAUACCGUCGAACAUACUGGAAAGCAUUAUAUAUUGGCCUCUGUGCUGGCAGGAAUGGGAUGCGUUGUUCUCGUUGGUGCAGGAUUAUUAUGGAGAAACAAGCAUUCUGCAGAGAGCUCGACGCCAGUUUCCGGUCAGAAAUUCUCGCUUUUCGACAAGUCAAGGAAAAACGAUGAUUCUAGUGGCGCUAAUUCAACUGGAUUGUACGGUGUUGACACAGAAACCAUGUCUUAUUUGAAAAGUCUUCGGUUACGAUACAGCAAGGACCGUGAUGACAAAACGCCAUCCCUUUCCCCCAAGAGUAAUAUCGCGGCUGUUGAACAGACGGGAUCGUAUGACGACGGCGAGGAAUCACUGUGCGAUAGUGUCAAUUCCGGAUCAGGGCUUGAACGCGUAGACAUUAUGUAAUUCAUCGAAUCUGAGAUAUUCACUAAACGAGAAUUGGAGAAUAAAUUUCAGCUGAUGUCAGUCGAAUCGGCCAUAUCAUUAUUUGUAUCACUGAUGGCGUGUUACGUUUCUUGCCGAUUGACAGCUUGGUGAGUACUGAAAUUACAUAAAAUAAUUGUAAGAAUCUGUGAAUAAUAAGUAAAAACAAUC